GUUUGUUUUGCGUCGUUCUUUGUUGACCGCUCCUAACUCCAAUUCUCCUUCGCCGCCUCAAAGUCUUCAUCUCUCUCUGAAGCUUAAGCUUGUGUUCAUUGUAUACGAUGCUAUUUUCUCGGAUAUCAAGAAACCUCAGAGGCAGCUUCAAAGGAUGUCGGUGGUUCCUGUCCAAUGGAGACCAGAACCACCAGUUUCUUUGCUCACAUAAUUAUCAGUCACGUAGAGACUCUACCGAACAGGUCAUGAGAAGUUUAAAUUUUUCAAAGGGCCUGCCAGCACUGCAUAGUAGUAGAUAUCAAAUCCAUCAUCAAAGCAGCCCCAUAGUUGAGGAUGAACUUGAUCCAUUUUCACUGGUUGCUGAUGAGCUAUCACUUCUUGGUAACAAGCUGCGAGCAAUGGUGGUUGCUGAGGUUCCUAAGCUUGCCUCAGCUGCUGAAUACUUUUUCAAAAUGGGGGUGGAAGGAAAAAGAUUUCGUCCUACAGUUAUAUUGUUAAUGUCAACAGCAUUAAAUCUACCAAUAUCCAAAGCUUCUCCUCCUAUUGAGCUAGAAGAUGUUUUGACAGCUGACCUACGGUCAAGACAACAACGCAUAGCAGAAAUAACAGAGAUGAUCCAUGUUGCAAGCCUUCUUCAUGAUGAUGUAUUGGAUGAUGCAGACACGAGACGUGGUAUUGGUUCAUUAAAUUUUGUAAUGGGCAAUAAGUUGGCAGUAUUGGCUGGAGAUUUUUUGCUUUCUCGGGCUUGUGUUGCUCUGGCCUCUUUGAAAAAUACAGAGGUUGUAUCUUUGUUGGCAAAAGUAGUGGAACAUCUUGUAACAGGGGAGACCAUGCAAAUGACAACAACAUCUGAUCAACGGUGUAGCAUGGAAUAUUAUAUGCAAAAGACGUACUACAAGGCAGCAUCGUUAAUAUCAAAUAGUUGCAAGGCAAUAGCCAUCCUUGCAGGACAAACAACAGAAGUUGCAACGCUUGCUUUUGAGUAUGGAAAAAAUCUGGGUUUGGCGUUUCAGUUGAUAGAUGAUGUGCUUGAUUUCACAGGCACCUCAGCUUCCCUUGGAAAGGGUUCUUUGUCAGACAUCCGCCAUGGAAUUGUUACAGCUCCAAUAUUGUUUGCGAUGGAGGAAUUCCAUCAGUUGCAUGCAAUUGUUGAAGAGGGCUUUGAAAACCCUGAGAAUGUUGAUCUGGCCCUGGAGUAUCUUGGAAAGAGCCGAGGUAUACAAAGGACUAAGGAGCUAGCUGUGAAGCAUGCUAAUCUUGCAGCAGCAGCAAUUGAUUCCUUACCGGAGAGUGAUGAUGAGGAAGUAAGAAAAUCAAGGAAAGCCCUAAUCGAUCUUACUCACAUAGUCAUUACAAGAACAAAAUGAAAGGAAGGUUUUUUUGUACUCCCAGAUUUUUUUAGUUAACUAAAAAGAAGGCUCUCAUAGUAAGGCAGCAGCUAACAAAUGUUUUGUUUCCAUUCUUCAAUUUUUCCAUCAUUGUUCCCCGAAGCCCGAAGGUGUAGGGGAAAAUAAGCUGUCUCCAGGAUUAAUGUUAUUAUUCCUUUAUCUUAAUUAUUUUAGAUUAAAUCUUUUUCCUUC